UCAAAAAACUAAUUUUGAGCAAGUAUAAAAAUGUGUAUCUUCAAAAUUUGAGUUCAAUACCAGAUAGCUGUAGGUUUUGACAAUAAGACUGAAAUUGGAUUGGAUGUGACUGAGGCCCCGACCCCUUGACGUCCUGCAGAUAUUGAAUUAAAAUGCCUCGAUUUGAGGUGACCCUACGCCAAGGAGCAGCCUUUGUGGCGCUGUACGUGUUGAUGUUGGCCGCUCUGGUCCGUCCGCAGAUGAACUUCAACAUCUUCGUGGACUCGUUCUUCCUGGGGGUCAAGUACUCGGCGGUGAUGGUUUUGGGCUACCGCUUCGAUACCUAUAUGGCAGUGGCCGCCGCUCCACUCAGUGCCGCCACUGUGUUUGCCCUUUCCAAGUGGAACGAGCAACGCGAUAGCCGCCCCUCCCAGAACCUGAUCAUCAUGGGCGUGACCUCCCUUUAUGUCCUGGUCCUGGUGGCCAAUAUCCUGGCCAAUGGAGUGGUGAUCCAGCAGGCCCUCAUCCGCUUCGACCAGUGUCCGUAUAGGGCGUGGUACAUGUACGGCCAGAUGGCGAUGUCCUUCGUAAAGUCAAUGGUGGCGGACGUUCAGGAAGUGAUCACCCGGCAGCACCAUCGUCGUCCUCGGCUGAUUUAUCGUAUGCACUAGCAAGGUACUAUUUGUAAAUACCCAAAUCGAAUUGGUUCAUUUACUGGGCAUUAUCUAAAAAAUAUAUUAUAAUUCGUUUUUAGCUUAA